AUGAAGGUUCAUCCAGUAACAAGUAACGUUUUGUCUCCGGCUAACGGCUCAGUUUGCCGGAAAAAGAAGCUCCGGAGACUACCUCAUAUUUUUGCCAAGGUUCUAGAACUUCCUUUUCAUUCCGAUUCUGAUGUUUCAAUCCACGAAACUUCUGAUUCGUUGCGAUUUGUCAUCCCAACAGAUGAUGUCGGCGAUAAUAUUAGAGCUCACAUAGUUGAGAUCUAUCCGGGUGUUACUAAGAUUGUUAUCCGAGCUGAUAACGUUUUUGAUUCUUCAUUGGACCUCGACUUGUGGCGAUUUCGGCUUCCGGCCACAACUCUGCCGGAACUGGCUAGUGCCCGUUUUAGUGACGGUGAAUUGGUGGUCACGGUGCCCAAAGGGGAGGAGGAAGACGACGGCGAUAUCGUCCGAGCAGGUGGUUUUGUUCUCGUACAAUAA